UCAGCCCCAGGCAGAGUUGGAGGGACCUGGGUUAGCAGGGAAAGCCCUGUCUUCCAGGGUGACCACAGACCUGCAAGGCAUCCUAGCUUUGGAAAGCUGAGGCCACCCAGACCACAGAUGCUGCCCUGGUGGCAGGGUCUUUUUUCCACCCAGGUGUCCCAAGGUGAAUCUUGAAGCCAAGUGUCCAGGAUCAGAGCUGUCUGGGCCUGGAGGCCCCGGAGGCAUCUUGGCAAAGCAGCCCCUUGCUUCUGUGCCAGUGCCGCAGUGGAUAUUAAGUUUUCACUGAUGUUGGGGCCAAGGGCCACACGUGGGCCUGAGAGCCCCUCUAGUGCUGCUGGCUCCAACACUCCAGGUCCCAGGAGCUGCUUGCUGGGCCCUGAGGAGUCCGAGUCCUUCUGGAGGAUGUUCUGCCGUUUGGGCGGAAGGUCCUAGGUGUGUGUGGGAAACGCUGCAGCUCCUCCUGAGCCAGGGCUCCUGGCACUCAGGGAUGAGUAGCCCUGGCUGCUCUGCGCUUCCUGGUCGUCUAACACUAUGUCUGUGCACAUGGGAGGCGCAUGUGGGUCUACGCUGCACACGGCAAGGAUGUGGCUGGGGGGUUCAGCAGAGCCCUGGCCCUCUUAGCCAUGCCAUGCCUGCUGGUGGGCACACUGGUGUCCAGCACGCUGGCUCUUGGGCUGCCAUAGGUCAGUUGUGACACUGGGCUGGUGUCCUCCUCGUAGUGAUGGGCUUGAGCCUCCCUGACCCCUGACUGUUCAGCUUGGGGACCUGGCCCUGCAGAAACCUGAGGGCACAGGGUGGUAUCAGAGCUGACACCUUUCCACGCAUCUGGGUGUGGAUGCAAGAUCACGGACACCACAUUGAGGAACUUUUCUUAGAGUAGUGGGGUCUUUGCAUUGCACCCUGAUUUCACAAAGCUAAGCUCCUUUCUCACCUGGAAGGAACCAAGGACUGAGGCAUGCAUGGAAUGCCUCAGCCUCCAGGUAAUCACACUGCUGUCCCACGCUGUCCUCCUCAGCCGCAGUCCAUGAGGCCCAGGCCCACUCAGCCCUGAGACCCUGGUGAGCACAGCCUGCUCUGCUCCUGCUGUGUCCUCAAGGCCAGGUGGCAGCCCACUUGCUGGUGACUCUUACCUCAGGUCCAGUGGGUGCUUGGCAGGGGACAGCAGGUGUUAGGCCGCCUGCCUUCACUAUCUCCACACAGCAUCCAGGGUUCUGUUAUCACCCAUGUCCCCCUCUGAAAGAUCCCACACCUCACAGAGGUCAGCGUGUUUCACAUAGAGUGGCAGUGAGCAACAUUCUGCCCAGGGAAUUGUGGCAGUAACCUUCAUGCAUGGUCAGGGCUCAUCCAAGUCCCACUCUAGAACUGACCGCAUGUGUCUGUGGGCCCCUGAGCCCUUCAGUGUCAGCAUCCUGGGUGAGGAACCCCCUUGCCGUAUGUGGUCCUGGCUGGCCAUGUGUGGACCCUCAGUGCCUCUGAGGCCCAGGCUGUGGGCUCCUAAGUGAUGGCUGUGAGGGGAGCAAGGGACAUCGGCGGUGACGUCGGAGGCAGCUGAAGUUGUGUGUGGCCGAGGUUACCAGCAGUAGCAGCAUAGUGGCUCUGGGGCACUGGGCAGUGGCUUUUCUAAACACCAACUGUCCGUGGAAGGGAGGUGGAGGUCAUGUCACAGCACAGCUCGAGUUGCUGGGCUGUCUUCAGUUUCCCCCGAUUCAGAGGACAGUCACUGUCACCAUCUGGGUUUUGAUGUGAUGAAGUUUGGCCUGAGAAGGACAUGUCCUGCCAACUCCAGGUGGCAUCUUAGCAGGGGAUCUGGAGGUCUGGAGACCUGCCUGUGUGUAAGCUGGGGGGCUGCCAUAUCUGCAAGAGGCGAGGACAUGGUGACACGGCCUCUGGGGUCCUCUGACCUGUUGUGGGCCAAGCACAGGGAACAGGUGGCCUGGUCUACGAUGUCCACACAUAGUGCCCUGGUACAGGACGGCAGUGACCCACCAGUGCCUUCGAGGCCGGUCUGUGGGCCCAGCGGGUGUUUGCCGUCUGCCUGCUGCCUGGCUCCUGCAUUGAGGCCCAGCCCCACUGGGCUUGGAUGCUUUGCUUUGGUGAUGGUUCUGCAUCUGUCCGUGCAGCGUGGCUGCCAUGGCCCUGCUGCAGCACGUAGUGUGCUUCCCACUCCCCCCCAUCCCCACCCCCGCUGCAGGGUUCACAGCCUCUAUCCAGGGUCAGGGACCCUUUGGCUUCCCGUGGUUGAUUCCUGGUGCACAUCACAGCCAGCACAGAGGUGUGGUAUGGAGGGCUGGCACUGUUGUGCCCAGGGCAAGAGGUGGGAAUGCCCCACUAUUGCUUGGCUGCCAGGUCUCAGGAUCCCCGAAGAGGUGGCAUUGCCUGAGUGCUCCAGCCCAGGGCCCAGGGUGGACUGCAGGCGGCCUCGGAAGGCAUUGUGCUAAACCUCCUUCCUCUGUGUGCCCCUCACACCUUACUUUCCAGAUGUUCCUUGCUUCCCAGGGCCCUCAUGGAUGUGCCCGGAGCCCAGGACAUGUAUACUGGGCAGCAGCCUGGGGAUCCCUAGGGUCCAGCAUUGUCAUUUUCACUCUCCCACAGAUGCCCUGGGGGACAGUGGAGGUGUCCCCACAGGCCCAGGCCAUGGCCAAUGGCAUCUGUGAUGCCUAGGGGUCAAGUGUGGAGCUCCUGCCCUGUGGGUGCCAACAGACCCUGGGACCACCAUGUCGGGGCUCUGGGAUGUGGACCCAUGGGGCCACAGCUGGCAGCCUGGCAGAGGCAGGGAGCGGACAGUGGUGUCCAGAGAGGGCCUGAGGCUGGGAAGUGGAUUGGGGCUAGGGGGUGCGAGUCCCCUGGGAAGCCCCACAGCUGCUGGAAGCCCCAGGGAACUUCAGCUAUGGGGGACUGAGACAGGUUUGCAGAGUGUGUGUGAUGUCCAAUCUGCAUCUGUGAGGCAUGUUUCAGGGGCCAGCUGCAACAAAAUGGAGACGGGACCCGAGACCACCUGGAGUGGGGGUGCUGAGGACCGGGCUAGGGCUGUUUUGCUUCUGCCUGGACUUGAAUUUCAGCAACUGGUGGGUAAGAGAAGUGAAGUGACUUUGCUGGCCAUCAGCCACCCCGGGAAGCCAGGCGCCGCCCACCCAGUAAAGCUAGCACUCUGCCCCCAUUUCCUCGCUGGAUGAGUCUGAGGGUUUGGUUCUACUUUGCUGGUUGAGCUAUGCUUCCCUUUGAAAGCCUUGCCCCUCAGUAGCCUUCGUUGUCGGCCCUGCAGCUGUCUGGACAGAUGUGCUGCUCCAUGGUGGGCACUCAGCUGUGAUGGUGGCAGGGCCCACUGAAAGCCAACCCAGUGGCCACCACUGGCCAGCGGUCCUUCAUGAGCUGGGUCCAAGACCAGCUGCAGGCAGGGAGCUGCCCCAGCUCCGGUGCCUACCUGCAUGAGAGGUGCAGGAUGUUGAGGCCUGUGGGACCCUGAGCUCUGCCCUCCAGGCUGUGACCCAGCAUUGCCUGAAGCCAGGGUCCCUGUGCCCCCUCCCUGCAGAGGGAGUCCUGACUGGCUGCCAUCUCAGUGGGGAGAGGCAGAAGUCUGCCUGGCAGACACGAUUUGAUCCAGAGCCUACUGUGAUCCUCAGAUCCUAAGCAUGGGCCCCCAGACUCUGCCCUUGGUCCUCUUUCCAGAGGGUCCCUGAUGGGUGUCACCGUGAGAGGUGGGCAUUUGAGGCAAUGCUGUGUGUCCACAAAGAGACCUUGCACACAGCCAGCACUGCUUGGCCCUGGAGACCAGACAAGGGAGGGUGCUCAUGCCCCAGGCUGGGGGUCCCCGCUUCUGCUCUGGGGCAGCGGCAGGUGCUGGACGCCUCUCCUGUGAACCCUGCACAGAGGGGUCUGUCUGAGCCCUUGGCAGCCGGAGAAGUUUGUUUUCUUUUGUUCUGCAGAAUCUUCUGAGGAAAUGGUAACUGGUUUUGAGCUCAGAAGUCAGAGAAGCUGAAAGGUGUGGUAUAUUUUACGACACAUUCAAGUGGAGGUGAUUCAAACAUGACCAUCAAGUGUCCUGCUGGAUCUGGGUGUAAAGUGUGGCUCUGGGGGGCAUCAUGUGGCAUGGUAGCCAUGGCCCUCCAGGGCCAUGGGCCCAACCAGCCUGUCCAGGGCACCCACUGUGGGUGUAAACUGGCCAGGACAUAGACCUGGCUUGGGUCAUUUUAGCUCCUCCCCCCUUGGGCAGAAAGUUCUGCCCGAGGCAGCGGAGGCAGCCCAUCUGGUGUGUGUACCUCUGUCCCUCCCUCCCUCCAGGUCAGCUCACAGGUGGGCAGGGCUCUGCUGUGCCCUGCAGUGCCCCUUGUUCCUCAGAGGACUGAGGCUCACCGAGGACAGGGCACCGCCCCAUCCUCUCUGUUUAAGCCUGCAGCCACUGUGCCCUGAGAACAGAGGCAAGAGUCCCUCAGCUGUGCUGUGCCAUGUCCCUGCCAUCCGGCGUGGAGGAGCCCCAAUGGCUCUCACAGCACCAGCAAGAGGCUACCGUCAAGGGCCUCUUGGAAGGGAGGACCUGGGCAGGGCAGUGAGGACCUGGAGCAGGACCCCUGCAGACAGAGCCCAGAGUCCAUGUCCACCAUAGUCACCCCACCUGCCCUGUGCCUCAGUGCCAGGGGUUGAUUGGGAGCUGGGUGGGGAAACCCCAUGCUGGGUCCCCAUGGGAGAGGAUAGUGGGGCUGCCGCAGUGGACAUGGGUGUCACCCCCUCAGGAGACAUUGGAUUGUUGGAGAGUGGCUAUCUAGAAGCCCCAUGAGAGGCAGCCAGUGCCAUGGCCGGUAACCACGCAGGGAGCAUGGCUAGCUGGGGGUGGGAGAAUGGGCAAAGCACCACGACAAGGCUGGAGGAGCCGUGAGCACCCCGUGCACGUCCCGGAGCCAUGCCAGUUGUGGGCAGCACGUGCCGGCCUCUCUGUGACACUGUGCAGGUCUGGAGUGGAGGACCUGUCUUCCCUGUCACGCCUGGGACACUCUGAGUGCCUCCUGGCUGCAGGGCCCGUCUCUCCACACCCAGAUUUGUUGAAUGACCUAGGCUUUCUUGACAGCAGCACUGGCUUGGGCCCUGGGGCCAUGUGUUGUACGAAGUCCUUGAGACCAAGCUAUACUUCAGUGGGAUAGGUCUGGUCACGCAGGCAGUGUCCAGGUGUGCCUGGCAGGCGACAGUGUCGGGUGGUCUCUGAGGCUUGCUUUGAACCACUGACAUGGAGGCCAAGACCCUGUGUGGGCAGGAAGGUCCUCUGUCACUGCUGGGUGAGGGGGGUCCAUGCUGGCCUGCAUACUUGUGUCUCACCAGAGUGGACGUGGCCUCCUGGCUACAGGUUCGGGAAACCACUUGGGGACUCCUCAGCAUGACCUGGGGCUCAGGCAGGGUGGAGGUAGCACACAGGAGGACAGAGGCCACACUGCCUGCUGUGGGGAGCGGUGGAUGGGCAUGGAGGGUGCUGUGUCUCUGGUAGCACUGCCAUGGACUCUGGGCCUGGGGACAGGGAUCAGGCCAGCGUGUCCCCUUCCACCCCCACCCUAGCCCUAGCGACCGGAGCAGCGGGUCCUUGGUCUCACGAGUGUCACUGUGGUGGUGUCCUCAGAACCAUGUGCUGUCGUCUUUGCUGUCCCUGCAGUUGGACCGAGCCCAGGGGUGUAGCCAUGCUUCCUGCAUUCCAGGUUAUCCCUAUAUCUACCCUGUGUGGGCCACGGGGCUGAUGCCUUCCCCAGGCAUCUUUUUUUUUUUUUUUUUGGCACCAGGACUCAAACUCAUGGCCUCGAGCUUGCCAGGCAGGCGCUUAUGCCUCUGAACUAAAUCUCCAGCCCAAUCUUUUGUUACUUAAUAGAGACGAGCAUGUAGGCCUCCGCUGGACCCUUUGUCCUUCCCAUGGGGUCCAGGCAACUUCCCUGGGGAGGCUUGGGUUGGUCCCUGCUCCUUUAAGACCCCUCUGCCAGGCAGAGCCACGGCCUCCCUUUGAUCUCCACAGCCCGGGGCCAGCAAUAGAGCAGCCCGUGGAGAGGUUUACUGCAGUGUGCAGGGAAUGUUCCCGCAUGGCGCCGCAGAGGGUGUUUAAAAACAAGAAAAAAGUUUAUUGCUUUUUCUGAGUUGCUCCAUCCCUGGGGACCCUGCCUAUAAUCAAACUCGAGUGCCUGGCCUUCCAGUCUACUUGCUGGCGAGUUUGCUGGCAUCGUGUGCGAACAUACGGUGUCUGCUAAAUUAAAGGGGAAAAGUUGUGUGCGUUCAGUUGAGCUCUUUUCCAGCUUUGGAAUUAAUCUUCCUUUGAAAUAGGAAACAUAAGGCAGUUGUAGGAACAAAAGAAAGCAAAGCUGCCAGGCGGCUUUCCCGUGGCGGAGUCCAAAUCCGGGCCUGGACCUGGUCUGCAUCUGAGGUUAGUGGGUUUUGGGGUACUGAGGGCAACUUUCCAGAAUCUAGGAACCCCAUCUGGCUUUUACUUUGUCUUUUUGCAGCUGCAGUGACAGGGAGCAGAGAGUGGCACCCAGUGGGAGGCUGAAUGCCCUGGUCUCCUCUUCCUGGGAAAUCUGGGGGAGGAAGUGCCUUGCCUCCUGGCCGGGACAUAGGCACGUGUCCACUCAGCUCCUGGACACCCGGACCUCAGGGCAGAACUGAGCUGCUCAGUGAGGACGCUAAGGAGAGGCCUUUCCACGAAAAUCAGGGCCCCCUAGAAGUGGCUCUGCCCUCCGAGAAAGCCGAGGGCCAUGAGAGCCCAGGACAGCUCCUCAUCGUGGAUGAUGGCGAGAGGGCACCAGCCCGUGAGGGUCCGCGAGAAGGGGCCAGGAGGCGCCUGAACAUUGAUGCCCUCCAGUGUGACAUCUCAGUGGAGGAGGGCAACCGCCAGGAGUGGACGUUCACGCUCUACGACUUUGACAACAGUGGGGUGAUCACCAGGGAGGACAUGUCUAGCCUGAUGCACACCAUCUAUGAGGUUGUGGAUGCCUCCAUGAACCACUCUUCAGGCAGCAGCAAGACCCUCCGUGUGAAGUUGACCGUGAGCCCCGAGCCUGCAGGCUCCCAGAAGGAGAAUCCUGCCAGCCAGGACCGGGAGCCUAUGCACAGCAGGACGGACACUGAGUUGGCCGAGGACCCCCGGGGGGCCGACAAGAGGCUCUCUGCCCACAUCAGGAGGCCCAGUGGUGACCCCCGCCCCUGUCCCGUGCGGGGUCCCUACUGCGUGGACGAGAACACUGAGCGUAGGAACCACUACCUGGACCUCGCUGGAAUCGAAAACUACACCUCCAAGUUUGGCCCUGGGUCGCCACCUGAGCAGGCCAGGCAGGAGCACCCCGGCAAGGCUGCAUACCCCCAGAGCCGCUCCCGCUCCCAGGAGCCCGACUCCCACGUCGUGCACCACCGCCGCUCCCAGGUGCUGGCUGACCACGCCACGCUUGCUGAGCCUGCUGCCCGAAGUCUGGAUGUGCAGCCUCGACUGAAGGGGCCAGAGAAGCCAUUCCUCAGGUCCCCCAAGGGCACUGGGAAGCCGCCUGGGGCACUGGGCAGCGGGAAGCCGGGCAGAGCCCUCAGCUACUACCUGCCAGCCACCACACCAUCACAGGCUGCCCAAGACAGUGGCCACCACCCGGGCCAGCCUCCACCGCCACCCCUGCCACAGUCUCAUGGCCACAGGCGGCCACGGCAGAAGGGCAGGGAGGGCCACUCACCACUCAAGGGCACGCACAGCCAGCCUGCUGCAGUGGAGCACGAGGUCGCACGGGACUUGCCACCUGGACUGGGUACUGAGGGCUGUGUGGUGCCCGUGGUCCAGCGGCAUGAACACCACCACCACCACGAGCACCACCACCACCACCACCACCACCACCACCACCACUUCCACCCAGCCUAGUGCCUGCUACACCCAGUGAGGGAUGCCACGUGCCCUUGGGCAGGCAUGGAGCUUGGUGCCCCGACCUGAUGCCAGGCUCAGACACCAGGUGGGCAGAGCAGGGACGAUGCCAGGAUGGACACUGUGUGCCCGGCCUUCUUCCGGCACGUCCUCCAUGCCGUAGAGGCAGGAGCACAGUGCCCAACGGGAAGCAAUGCAUGUGGAAACCCACCAUGUCUGUCCACAUGUCCGCAGUGUCCAGGGCGUGGCAGUCCAUUCUCAUUCUUUCAAGGGCUAUGGGCUCCCCACGGGGCCAAAAGUGGGUAAGGGGCUGAAGCUUCCCAUGUUUGUUCCUUAUGAAACUUGGGGGUGGUUCCCCACGGGCUGCAUCUCCCAGACCCAUGUGCGUGGCUCCAAGCUCAGACACAGCAUCGUGGCAGCGGCUGUAGAGCCAGCAGGCAGCUGGGGAGCCCCGGGUCCCUAGCAUCUUUGCAGUUGGGGCACAGCACAGGGACACAGUGUGCAGGCUGUGGUCGGUUGCCAGACCUGGGGUGAUGUUCAUCCAGGCAAAGGGCCCAGACUUAGGCCACUUAUGUGUGGCCGCAAGGCCUCCCCAGUGUCCUCCUCUGUGAGGGCUGGUGGUAGAGGGGCCCCGCAGUGCAUGGCCCAGUGGGUUCCACAGAGGCAGGAGGCAGCAGGCAGGUGACUGUUUGCCUCUUGCAGUCUUUUAACGUUCAGCAGACUGAUGGCCAGGGGGGCACUGCAGGCAGGAUGAAGGUUGUAUCUGGUAACCCGCUGCACUGUCACAACAGGCUUUGCUACGUGCACUGUUCCCCCACCACGGUGGCGCAGGCGUGAGCUUUGAAGAGCGGGCACACUCAUGUGGACCCAUAGUGCUGCUCUGUGAAACCCCAGAACCUGACACAUAAACCCAGAUGCAGCUGCGACCACGGGCAGCCAGGUGCUGUCCCAGGUCCUGUGCUGCUUCAGGGCAGCAAGCAGGAGCCAAGAGACAAGAGCAAGCUCGCCUGUGUGCCUAAUGCUCAGUGUCCCUCAGGCUUCUGCACAUCCAGCCUCUCCUGUGAGUGACACCCCUCUGCUCAGGAGAGCUGGGUCCCAGGGCCUGUGCUCCCCAUGUAGUGCCCAGCCAGCCUUUUGACUGGACCUGACUAUCUGGCAUGGGGUGGGCCUCAUGCGUGGGCAGGGAUCCCACUGAAGGAGUCCUGGUGUAUUAGCCCACCUGGCACCAGGUUCUGCUGACACCAUCACCUGCCUGCUUCUCAAUGAUGCCAUAGGCUGGAUAGCCCCCAGCAUCCCAGGGCCAGGGCCCAGCUGGUGUAGGGGCUGAGGGUCAGUGGGCACUAUCCUGCCCUAACCAUCAGUGGGUACCUGCCAUCCUCAGCACUCUGUGUGUGACAGCCUCCCCUUCAGGGUGACCUUGAAGACAGCACAUCACUUACUGCAAUGCAAGGGGUCCAGCAUGGAGGUGGACCCAUAUGGCCCACAGGAAGCCUGUAUGUGGCCCCCACAAGUAGACAGGACAGCCUCUGGGCGCCCAGCUUGGCCUGGCCCGGGAGACCCAUACUGUAGACCAAGAAGGUGCUCCUGACAGGUUAUGGGAGGGCAGGCUUGGCCAGGCAGGACAGCCACAGGCCAUGUGCUCUUUACAAUAGAAGUGGGCUGCCUGCUGGGCGGCCUUGUAGUGGGACAAGGUAUCUCCAGUGUCUCUUCCUCAGGGCUUCGCCUCCUACCCUCAGCUCAGGCACUGCCUGGGCCUCUUGCCCCAGCCUCCUCUGUCACCUGCUUCUGAGGCAAGGCCCCCCACAAUAGGCCCAGUGCAGUGCCAGACGACCAAGCUCACAGCUCUGAGCUGCCAGUACUAUUCAGGCCAACACAGCCAGCAAGCACGGCUGGAGGGUGCUGAGUCCCAGUAUCUCCCCACCCUGCCUGCCCUCACCACUGACCUGCUGGGCCUGACAUCCUGUGGUCCUACCCACAAGCACCGACAUCUGGCCUUCCAGCCCUGGACACUAUGGGCACAUCCAGUGCUCUGGAAGAGGGUGGAGCCAGGUGCCCAUGCAGCUUCUGGUGAAGACAGCUUGGGAACCACAGCUGUCCCUAUGUGCUGCACCCUUUCUCCCCUGGCACCAGGGUCCUGGUCCCCACUCCCUGGAUUGCUGUCCCUGCCUCAAUCACAGCCUCAGCAGGGUGAGGUGUGAGCUGCCCACUGGUGAUGUCCCAGGUGGUGCUCCUGCCCCUUGAUAAAGCACAGGGUGAUGCUAGGGGCAAAGCUGCCAGGCAUGGGAGGCUCCAGGUUCCAUCCAGCACCAGUACAAGCUGGGCCACUUCUCACUCAGCAGAACUGAGUGUACUGCUCUGCAUUGCUUGUGAUCUGGGUGCAUGUGUGGCAGGUAUGGUCCACCUGGCCUGCAGUCAUCUCUAAGAGGGGAAGGGGAGUAUGUGGUUCUCUGCAGCCACUCAGAUUCCACAGGACUUUAUUCCACUAACAAAAUUGUACAAAGACAUGGAGCUGUAAAAGGAGAAUGUGGACGGGAGACUGAACAGCCACAGCAAGGGCUCCCGGGGCGGGCACGCGACCUCACAAGCCAGGCUCCGGAACCGGACUGGGAGCCACCUGCUCUACCCUGGGCCAAGGCCCAGCAAAGUAGGCAGGGUUCACCGUGCUGGCUGGACACACAGCCCACUAGCCCACUGUCUGACCUGGCCCCUCGUGCCACAGCCAAUUUUCUGGGGGAACCUGGAUGCCAUGAAGGCUGUGUGUGGCCCUGGGCUUCCCACAUAAAUGUGAUUAACAGGGUGCCACCCCCCACUAUUUAAAUAAAUAAAUACACUCUGCAGAGAGCAAGGCACCAA